UUUACAAAACACAUUUUCAGAACUUUUUAUUUUUGCUUUUUUAGUCAUUUUAUGAAAAUAAUUUCAUUUUGCAUAAUAAAUAUAUCUCUUAUUUACAGUGGUGGCUUCACUAACUCAUAAUCUAUUAACUAAUAAUAUAGCUGCACAAACACCAAAUCACUAGAUAUGUAAAAAUACGAGCAGAAGCUAAUGCUAACAGCUAAUUGCUAAGACACCUGUCGCUCAUGUUUUCCUCUCCUUCCAGAUGAAGACAGGUGGGACUGACAAACCUGAUGAUCACAACAAACGUUACACCUCUGAGGACCUCCACCAUCGGCUCAGAGUAUUUACAGAAAACAAGAGGACAGUUGAUAGUCACAAUGCUGGAAAUCACUCCUUUACAAUGGGCCUGAACCAGUUCUCAGACCUGACCUUUGAGGAGUUCAAGAAAAUCUACCUUCAGACGCCGCAGAUCUGUUCAGUCACUAAAGGGAACCACGUCUUCGGCACCGGACCUCACCCAGACUUUGUAGACUGGAGGGUGAAGGGAAACUUUGUGACGCCUGUGAAGAACCAGGGUUUCUGUGGCAGCUGUUGGACGUUCUCUACCACCGGCUGUCUGGAGUCAGUAAACGCUAUUGCAACAGGAAAGUUAAUAUCUUUGAAUGAUGAAAAGGCCAUGGUGGAUGCUGUGGCUCGACUCAACCCCAUCACCGUCUCUUUUGAUGUCACGUCUGACUUUAAGCACUACAAGGAUGGUGUUUACUCCAGCGCUCAGUGUAAGAAGACAGCUGACAGCGUGAAUCAUGCUGUUCUGGCUGUGGGUUUUGGCUCUGAGGAGAACGGCAAGGCAUACUGGAUUGUGAAGAACUCUUGGGGUCCAGCCUGGGGAAAGGACGGGUAUUUUUUGAUCGAGCGUGGAACAAAUAUGUGUGGACUGGCUACAUGCUCUUCAUAUCCCCUACCAUCAGUUUGACAGCAAGAAACGAGCAACGGAAAAUGUGUGAAAUGUAAUCAAGCUAUUAUUGUUUGAAUUCAGCAAACACUGAUGUCAGUCAAAUAUUAUUUUAUUGUGUUUUUGCAAAAACAUUCAUCGCCUUUUAUUGUUUAGUGGUUGCUCUGUCGUGCAGUUUGCUUUCUUUUUGUUUUUACUUGUGUGUUCUCAUUAAACAGUUCAUGUAAUUUUA